UUCAUGAUCUAAUUUUGUAAAGCGCGGUUAUAGCAUAUGCAUAUGCACGUGUCGUUAUCUCUAAUUAUUCAUAAUAGUUCUAUAUAAAAUUCUGCACAAAGUACAAUUUUGUAAUAUUUUUUGUGAAGUUAUAAAUUUAAUGAUAUUAUAAGUCAAAAUGAGUACAAUUUUGGAGAAAAUUGCUUCGAUCGAAGCAGAGAUGGCACGUACACAAAAGAACAAAGCAACAUCUGGUCAUUUAGGCUUGUUGAAAGCAAAAUUAGCAAAAUUGAGACGCGAACUUAUAACUCCAAAAGGAGGUGGUGGUGGUGGAGAACAAGGAUUUGAAGUUGCUAAAACUGGAGAUGCUCGGAUAGGCUUUGUCGGUUUCCCUUCUGUUGGUAAAUCUACGUUAUUAAGUACACUUGCUGGUGUAUACUCUGAAGUUGCAGCAUAUGAGUUUACAACUCUGACUACUGUUCCUGGUUGUAUAAAAUACAAAGGGGCAAAAAUACAGUUAUUGGAUUUACCAGGUAUUAUCGAAGGUGCUAAAGAUGGAAAAGGUCGUGGAAGACAAGUAAUAGCUGUAGCUAGAACUUGUAGUUUAAUUUUUAUUGUUUUGGAUGUGCUUAAACCAUUGGGACAUAAGCGCCUGAUAGAACACGAAUUGGAAGGUUUCGGAUUACGACUUAACAAGCAACCACCUAAUAUUACUUUUAGGAAAAAAGAAAAAGGUGGUGUCAACUUGCAAACCACGUGUGCACAAUCAGAACUUGAUUUAGAGUCAGUCAAGGCCAUACUGGCAGAGUACAGAAUUUACAAUGGAGAUGUAAAUCUACGAUAUAAUGCUACAUCGGACGAUUUGAUUGAUGUCAUUGAAGGAAACCGAGUUUACAUACCAUGUAUUUAUUUGUUGAAUAAAAUCGAUCAAAUAAGUAUAGAAGAAUUGGAUGUUAUAUAUAAAAUACCACAUUGUGUACCUAUCUCUGCUCAUCACAAAUGGAAUUUUGAUGAUUUGUUGGAGAAGAUGUGGGAUUAUUUACAACUCGUUAGAAUUUAUACCAAACCUAAAGGUCAACUACCAGAUUACAAUUCUCCUGUAGUAUUAAACACAGAAAGAAGAACAGUAGAAGAUUUUUGCAAUAAACUUCAUAGAUCAAUAGCAAAGGAAUUCAAAUACGCGUUAGUAUGGGGGUCAUCGGUAAAACAUCAACCACAAAAAGUGGGAAAGGAUCAUGUCUUGUGCGACGAGGAUGUUGUACAAAUAGUAAAAAAAGUGUGAUUUUAUUUUGUGGUAUAUAUAUAUAUAUAUAUAUAUGUGUGUGUGAGUAAAUAUUGAGAAAUAAUAUCGAUUGAAAACAAAAAAAGGACAAGCAAUUCGCGUAUUAUACUUAAUAGCUUAGCAGUAUAAUACUCUUUUUAAACUUGAUUUCACUUUACGAAUAAAGCAAAUAAAGUCAUAAGAUUAGGACGUGGUAGUAGAUUAUAAUAUCUUUCAAAUUAAAAGAAUAAACAGGAAUAUGUACAUAUAGAUACAUAUAUCUUUCGUAAUGAUAGAUGUAUAAGUUGAUGUGGUAAUAUCAAAUGGGAUAAAAAAAAAAAAGAAAAAAAAAUAAUAAUAAAAUAAAAUAAAAUAAAAAAAAAAGAAGCGAGAUUAAUGAAAAUCGUAGUAUUGGGACAAUACUACUAAAAAAUUUAUAAUGGUAUUUUCAAAUUUGUUAGAAUGAAAAAAAGUAAUCCUUAUAUGCAUGAGAUAUAGGAAAAUAACUACCAUUUUCUAACGUAACAUAAUUAUUUUUUUUCAAGUAAUAAUAAAUACUGAUACUCAUAGUGAUACUGCAAAGUCUGCAAAAUCUAAAUUAUAGUACGAAAUAUUACUCUCAUUGAUAUGGUAAGAUCAUUGCAUUACAUCAAUAAUUAUCGUGAGUUAAUAUAAAGACUGCAUUUAAAAUCAGUUUUAAAUUAUAUUUUUAUCUUACAUUUAUAAAAUUGUGGUGAAAUAAACAGUGACAUUUCAUGCUUGUAAAUGUUAUACAGCAAUGAUAAAGAUCUUAUACUGAAAUGUA